AUGGACGUAAUGGAUCCCCAAGCCUCCAAACAGCUUUCUGGAGUAGUGGAGCAGAAUGGUGAUUUCACCCAAACACCUCGAUAUGAUUUCUGGGCGUCUUCUUUCUUUGAGCAGAGUGCUUCAGAGAGCAGGGCAGGUCGCAAUGCCAUCGCUGGUAUUUGGCGCUCGGGGCUGGGCGAGCGGAAGACCAUCUCGGGGGCAUUGAUCCGCCUCGAGCCAUGCCACGGUGGCCGGUACCAGGACCACGACUGCCGCUCGCUGUUCAAGCCGGACGGCCGCGAACUGUGCGAUCUGGGCCGCUGCGAGUUCGUCCCCGCGGACCAGUACACGCCCAACUUCUCCCUGGAGAAGCAGCCCCAACAGAGCGACCACAGUACGACGGGCCAGCAGCUGCAUGCCAUGGGCGGGACGACGCGCGCGACACCAUCGCGCACCUCGGCAGCUCCCAAAGCACUGGGGCGCCUUUGA